AUGCACCCCAGUUCUAUGGAUGAAGAACAAGUAAGACGGCCGGGCAAGGUUGGAGAAGCUAGGCCUUACGAGGCGUGGCUGGGCAGUUCGAAGGCGGCUGGGAUUAUUGGAGAUCUCGGUUGGGUUUUGGAGGCUAGGAUUGUUGGAGAUCUUGGCCGGGUUUUGGAGGAGCUUGGUAGCCGGGAGCACGGAUUGAAGGAGCUUCACAGCCAAGAGUUGGAGCAUGGAUUGAAGGAGCUUCGCGACCGAGAUUUGGAGCACGGAUUGAAGGAAUAUUGCUGUCGGGACCGGUUGGAAUGCUGUGGCCGGAUCUACUGGAGACUGCGGCUGGAUAGUCCGAACUUGGUGGAGUAUUGCGGUCGGGCUCUGGUUAGAGUAUCGCGGCCAGGCUUUGGUUGGAGAUUGCGGCCGAGAGCUGGAAGAUGCCCCCGGAUUUCUUGUGGCUGA